UUUAGCUGUAAUGUAACUCAUGCCUGCCUUAGCUGGAAAAAUACAGUAAAUUUUUUCAUGUUUCUCUAUUUUCCUUCCUCAUCCUCACUUUCCCAUAUUCAUUUUCAAUUCAACCUUUCCUAAUUCUUAUAAACUUAUAUAUUUCUUCUUUUCCUUUGGAUCCCAAAUUUUGGAUCUGCCAUUUUAAUCAGAAGGAAAAGAUCUGGUCUUUUUUCUUUGCUUGGUUUGUUUUUAUUGCUCCUAGAUUCCUCUAGAUUCAGUCAGCAUGUUUUUACUGGAUUGGUUUUAUGGGGUUCUUGCAUCUCUGGGUUUAUGGCAAAAAGAGGCUAAGAUUCUGUUUUUAGGACUUGACAAUGCUGGCAAGACCACCCUUCUUCACAUGUUGAAAGAUGAGAGAUUAGUUCAACAUCAACCUACUCAGCAUCCAACAUCUGAGGAACUGAGCAUAGGCAAAAUCAAGUUCAAAGCUUUCGAUUUGGGUGGCCACCAGAUCGCUCGCCGUGUCUGGAAAGAUUACUAUGCGAAGGUUGAUGCAGUGGUUUACUUGGUGGAUGCCUAUGACAAGGAGAGGUUUGCGGAGUCCAAGAGGGAGUUAGAUGCCCUACUUUCUGAUGAAGCCCUGGCCAAUGUUCCGUUUCUCAUUCUAGGCAACAAGAUUGAUAUUCCCUAUGCAGCUUCAGAAGACGAACUUCGUUAUCAUCUUGGGCUGACCAAUUUCACAACUGGCAAGGGCAAGGUGAAUCUUACAGAUUCCACCGUUCGACCCCUUGAGGUUUUCAUGUGCAGCAUCGUCCGCAAGAUGGGAUACGGUGAUGGCUUCAAGUGGCUCUCUCAGUAUAUCAAGUAGAGAAUUGAAGCUUUUCUUGUGCUGGCCCCUAUAUAUUCCUGCCAUUUUUGCUGUGUCAGACUACAGUUACAUUGAAAGGGAAAUAUUCAUUUUCGUUAUAUGUUUCUGAUUGGUACUUACUGCCAAAUUUACUCCCUAUAGCUUUUGAUUAGUUAACACUACCCGCAAAUUGGUAUCCUGAGCAAGUUUGCGUGAAACUGUUGUUGUGAUAGAUUCUGAUUCUUGCCAGUUGUUAUUGUCAUUGUGGAAUCUCAAAUAAAUCUUGUCAAUUGUGUCAUCUUAUGUAACCCAGACAUGGAACAUGACAAUAAAAGAAGCAGAUCCCCCAUAAUUGAUACCUUUUGUA